AUGGCUGAGUACUACCGUAACUGGAACCUAGUGGUACACGACUGGUUGUACGCCUAUGUGUACAGAGAUGUCUCAAAGCUCAUCGGUGGACGUCGCGGCCUUCAAGUCGCUCAGCUGGGCGUCUUUUUCAUCUCAGCACUGUUCCAUGAGUUCUGGUUCGGUAUUGCGUUCCGAGUCUUCUAUCCAGUGAUGUUUAUGCUUUACUUCGUGUUUGGAGGAACUGGUAUGUUCAUAGCAUUUUAUGGCCAAGAAUGGUACGCUCGACAACGAUGCGCUCCCUACAGUAAUCCGGUAGCAGACUUCUUGUUGCCAAGGCAUUGGGCAUGCCAACGGAUUCAGUGA